ACGUUCUGAGUUCAAAUUCCGCCGAGGUUGACUUUGCCUUUCAUCCUUUCGGGGUCGAUUAAAUAAGUACCAGUUACGCACUUGGGAUCGAUGUAAUCGACUUAAUCCCUUUGUCUGUCCUUGUUUGUCCCCCUCUAUGUUUAGCCCCCUGUAAGCAAUAAAGAAAUAUACAUCUGUGUACUAUAUAGUAUAUAUGUAUGCACAUGUGUGUGUAUAUUAGAUGUAUGUGUAUACAUGUGCAUACACACAUACACGUGCAUACGAAGGCAGCUGAACACGGUGAAUCUGUGGACAGACGUGACGGGUUCGAUCCCAUUGCACGAUACCUUGGCCUUCACUUGUAUAUUUAUAUCUUUUAGUUUUUGUUUGGAGGGAAAGCAGCCCCUACGACCCUUCGCAGGGCCUCCAACAUUUGUGAGAGGUUGGGUGGUUAGGAUCCUCAGCCAAAGGCCUGAUCCGAAUGCCUUGUGCGGACUGCAAAAAAGGCACCCUAAGGGGAGGGAGUUUGACCGAGGGCUUUAUAGACGGAAACAGUGCGGAAGCCUGACAUAUCCGUUUGUAUGUUUAUGUUUAUCGGUGUUUGAAAUUGUCUCUCUUUAUAUCAGUGUAACACAGCGAUUCGGCGAAAAGAAAUCGAUAAAAUGUAAACUAGAGUGGGUGUUUAGAGACGAUUUGAGCGAUUAAUUUCCAUUUAGCCGAUGCUCCAGCUUGGCCAUAGUACAGUAGUUGCUGUCAGAAACGAGAGAGAGAGAGAAGGAAAGAAAGAAAGAAAUGGUUGAUAACGGACACGAAUGAAUGAAUGAAUGAAUUAGCUGAGAGAGAGAGAGAGUUAUUCAGUCAGUCAGUCAGAAAGACAGACACUGGGAAAGUUGGAUGGAUGGUAGAACCAGGUAAAAGCAGGAAGACGGAAAUAAUUUUAUAGGGAGAGAGAAAAGAAAAGAGGGACUCAUAGCAAAUUCGAAACUUCACUCUAUUGUAGGAGUAAUUUCUGUAACACAAGCUCUUCCGCCUUUAAGAUCGCUAUUCUGUUGUGCAUCCAAUCUCACCAAUAAUGCUGCAUCAAGGUACCAAGUUGACGAAGACGAAGGAGCGGCCAUCUGCUGCGCAUGAGACCUGUGGUCAAAGACAGUAGGGGGGGAAUUGUGUCACUUGGGAUCAUGGACAAUUCAGUCACUUACGGGUAUUCAUAUUAUCAAAAUCAGUCCACAAUGGUUAUCAAUAGUAACACUAACAGCAACCACACCACCACUUCCACCACCACCUCCACCACCACCACCAACAACAACAACAACAGCAACAACAACAACAACAACAACAAUGGCAACAAUAACAGUGAAUCAAAGGACGACUUUUCUGAUUGUGUCAGUUCUGGCGAAGACAGUAUUCGCGAUAUUUCCGUACAAGGGGGAGACAUGCAUGGUUUCAUUCCGUCAAGGAAACAGCGUGCUUUCACACCCGAUAACCGAAAAGAUCAAUGUUAUUGGGAAAAGCGACGCAAAAACAACGAAGCGGCCCGAAGGUCCCGUGAGAAACGAAGGUUACACGACAUGGCGCUCGAGAAACGCAUUGUAGAGCUUUCCCGCGAGAGCUGCAUCCUUCGAACCCAGCUCUAUGCUGUCAAGAAGCGAUACGGCAUCCCUCGUGAGGAACCGAUUAUUUUGGACAACGAAGAGCAAGAAGUUCUUGAUAAAGAUCUUCAAGCUCUCAAUGCAGCCAGUGCCAGCGCAGCUGCCGUAGUGUCGUCUCCAAUGCCACCAAAUGCAGUGUUAAACAGUCUGAAAAUCCGGCGGGCGUCACCUGUUGGGUUGCCUUUAGUUUCAUCGACUGGCUCCAACGCACCUGCCUCCGUUCCAAAUGUAACCAAUAGCAACAACAAUGAUACACGUAGUGUGAUCUUCUCGUUACCAAACAACUCUGAAACCCUCUCAGGGAACACUUCAGCUCCUGCCACAAUGUCAACAAUUAAGGGUCACAAAAACAGCUUGGUUGCGACCACGUUGUCAUCGAUCCAGCACCAAUAUAACUUUGAACCGGCCCUCGCUGUGAAACAGGAACCGGUUGAUGACUUUGAGAGCACAGUCCUAAACACUAGCGAAAGUCAAGGCUCGGUGGAUUACCCAUCGUCAGAAAGCUACACAACAUCUUCAGAGACAUUUGAAACCACUACCUCAGCUCUGAUGAUGGGUAAAGACAAUGCCGAGAACCAUAUAAACUCGGGCAAGAGCCUGGAGAGUUCUUGGUAUCAUGGAUCGAGAGAGCCCAUAGAUAAUGGGAAAUUAGUUCCAGCGGCAGGAGACCUUGAACAAAAACCUUUACAGCUUGUGGUGAAACGUCGUAAAGUGGAACCCGAACAGUUUGCUCAUUCACAGGAACCCGUGGGGGAAUAUCAUAAAAACAACAACACCGUCACAACCACCACCCCUAACAACAAUAACAACCACCUCCACCAUCACCAACAGUCACAACAACAGCAACCACCACCACAACAAAAAUCUCCAGUUAUCUCUCCGAUGGUGCCAAGCCCCCACAGCCUGAGCAUCAGUGAGAGUCCCAUCCUUCGAACAUCCAUCUCGACAUUACCAUUGAAACUACGUCAUAAGGUUUCACUUCCUGACCACACCAUGUCGUCAGUACAGUUGUCUUCUCCCACGGCCACAGUUACGUCAUCACCUCUAUCGUCAUCAUCAUCAUUUUCAUCAGCAUCUGCUUUCACUCAGAACGAGGCCCCAGCAACCCCUUCAACCCUUCACAAUGGUCUCACGCAGCUUUCCGAAAUCGCUCUGUCCCAUAGCAAUCCAUUACCUUUACUUAAGAAAGAUGUCAUAAAUGGUGUCAACCUGCUAUCAAGAUGUAACGGGAGCAACAGCAGCAGCAGCAGCAGUAGCCUGGACGGCAACAUGAACGAUGCCAGUGACUUAGAAAUGAAACCAAGCGAACACGAAAUGCUCAGUCGCUUGGACCCGAAAUAUGUCGAACGCAGAAAGCGCAACAACGAGGCUGCUCGAAAGUGUCGUGAAAACAGGAAGGCAUUGACGAAACUGCGAGAAGUGAAGUCGAGCUAUCUGGAGUCCGAGAACGGCAAACUUCGUAACGAGAUGAAUGACCUGCAGGAAGAGGUGAAACAGCUGAGAGAACUGCUUGAGAAGAAACGGUUAGAGCAGGGUUUCAAGGGGAAAUUGUCUGAUGCUGCAGACGCUCAUAAUAGCAUCACCAUUAACACAUAACAACAACAAAUUCCCCCCCCCCAAAAAAAGAA